AAAGACCGCAGUAGUAAGUAGAUCAGUAUAUGCAAAUCAAUUCAGAAGCACUGGAGACCUCAAGAUGAAUGUUUACAUGAAAACAGGACUACGCUGUUGGGCGCUAGUGACCCUCCUCACCAUGGUAACGGUGCCAAAUCUAUCUUCUGGGAGCAAGUGCAUCCCAGAUCCAAACUCCGGAAGGACCAUCAACUACACUGUUCCGAGGUUGCACCAUUGUCCCCUCAAGACACAAUUCGAUGGGACCGUCGUGGAAACCGUUCCGAAGUUUAUCAGACGCGUGUUUCCUGUGUCAGGAUGUGAAGAUCUAGUUGUGACGGGCAUUCAGAUAUGCCGUGUACCAGACUGUGGUGUGAAUUCCUGUGGAAUAGGAUGGUGUGAAGAAACUCUAGAUGGUUAUAAGUGCCACUGCCCGACGGAAUACACCGGAACGAAUUGCGAAUAUAGUAUGGACGCCAUGACUCAACUGCCUGAAAUUAGAGAAAAUUCCUCGCCGGAAGGAUCUUUAGAUCCUCAGUCCACGACUACUUUAAACCCAGACCCUUCCUCUUCAUGGACCUCUGGAUCUACACAGUCAUCAGAUGAUCCUCAGAUGACGACAGAAGCAACAUCAACAGAAGGUCACGUCUUGCACUCAGUUACAACAGAGCUAGAUCAACAAACUAGUUAUUCGACAAACUUGGAUGUAUCAUCUAACCCUUCUACUGUAACCUCCACAUCCCCUCAAGUGACCACCACUCACCAUCCAAUAAUGUCUACUACGAGCGAAAACAGUCCGUCUCCAAUGUCCACGCCGCGUACCACAUCGAACAUGAUGACGCCGAUGAAUAGAACAACAACGACCAUGACGACGGGUUACUCUACAACAGGAGCGCAUGAAGGUGAAGAAACGAACGUCGGGCAAACGACUGCGAAACCGGAAUCUUCGGCUACCACUACGGAGCCGGGAACAACGAAUUCAGGAACCCCAUCAAUUAUUGGAGUUGAUGAGUGUAGCGGAGACAUACUCAUAUUUGAUCUCGGUUCUAACUCGCCGAUAGUUUUAGAGAAUGCUUUAUUGAGCGAGUGGCCAGAAGACAUAGCCCUUGACUCUGACGAAAGACGGGUGUACUGGUUACGAACUGGAUUCACAGAUGAGAUUUGCAGUGCGACGCCUGAUGGGAAUAAUGAGAUUUGUUGGGAUGUUACAGGAACCUGCUUCGAGCCAGAAGGGAUUGACAUUGAUCUGGUGCAAAGGAAGGUUUACCUCUCCUGUGAGGACUCUAUCUCUUCUAUGAACUUAGAUGGUACUGCAUUGCUAUUAAAUGUUACUCACACUGGAAGUCGAGACAUAGAAUACAUGGCAGUUACAGACCGAGCAAUCUUCUGGGCAACCUCAAAGAAGAUAUACAAGUCAACCCCGGAGCGAACCAGUACAUUGUUUUCUAUCUCAUCUCUAUCCUUUCAGGAAGUACGUGGACUUUCCGUUGAUUCUGUGGGAAAUCAAGUUUUCUUCGUCUUAGAUAUUUUCAAUGGGAACUUCGAUGUCAUGCAAAUGGAUCUCUCCGGAAACGACAUGGUGCUCAAUGUUACUUUGUCAGAGGGACUGGCGUAUGUGGACGAUUUUAUGGUGUUUAAAGGCAAGAUCUACUACACGUCACAAGGGAACAUAUAUCAGGUUAACAAAGGACAAAUUACCGAUCACAUAGGAUGCCCUCAUGUCAGUGAAAUAUAUCUUGGAGAAUAUUAAACCGGCGAUUCGAUUUUAUUUGUGCACUGGAUUUCUCAACAAGUGGAACGCUUCCGGCAGUCUCGUCUGCGUCAUUAUGUGAUUCGAUAUAGCAGCAGUGCUAACUUUGAGAACAGCAAUUAAUCAAAUAUUCACAAAAGAAAACACUUAAAUGAUAAUGAAAUACUAUGUCCACUGACCCAACAUGACUUUUGACCAUGUGACCUAAGACAUUUGCAAAACGAUCAUUCAUGCUUGAUUACAAUUAUGUUCCAUGAACUACAUGUGUAGAUCAAUAAACUUUCUAAGUUAUGAUGCCAAUUCAACCAAUACCCCCGACACGGCCAAAGUUCAUUGACCCUAAAUGACCUUUGAUUUUGGUCAUGACAAGAAACAAGCACAAGAUAUUAAUGGAUACAUGGUUACUCUUAUAUCCCAAGUUUCAUGAACUACAUCCAUAAACUUUAAAGUUAUGAUGACAAUUCAUAUAAAUACAUAAAAAUUUAUUAUGACAAUUCCACCAAUACCCUAUCCAUUAUCAAAGUUCGGUGACCCUAAAUGACUUUCGAUCUUGAUCAUGUGACCUGAAACUCGCACUGGAUAUUCAGGAAUACGUAAUUGUUCUUAUGUCUAAGUUUCAUGAACUAGAUCCAUAUAAGAUCAAGGUUAUAAUGACAUUGCCACAAAUACCCCCGAAAUGGUCAAAGAUCGUUGAUAAUUAACCUAAAACUCAGGCAGGAUCUUUUGUGAUACACUAUCACACUUAUGAUCAGGUUUCAUGAACUAGGUUCAUAUACUUCAUAUACAUUUCAAAAGUUUAGCCUUGGUUAAGAUUUCGAUAUUGAUUC